CUUACGCUACUACUUCGCAAUACAUCCUGUUUACAUCCAUUAAGGUUAUGACACAGGUGCUUUUCCUGAUCUACUGCCCAGAUUGCUGGGAACUUCGUCCCUUCACAAACCUCAUCAUCUUGUAUUCACAUCUAAACUACUAAUCCCCCCUCAGUCUCCUCCUGAGACUGGAGAGGACCUGCAAACUUGUGGUAGUAUCUGACUCUAUGGAUUUCCAGUGAUUGCCUGGUUUCCAUACUUUCUCCCCCACCACAGGCCAACCCCGCCAGAGCCGAGCUUGCAGAGACCGAUACCUAUCGACAGUGCUUACCUACCUUCCUUCCUACCUACCUACCUACCCACCUACCGUUAUCUUCCUACCUAGGUAGCCGGUCCCUAUCGAUUCUCUCUAAAAAUGGCGUUGGGCUUUGCGACAAAGCGUCUUGGCAAGGAACUCCAGAAGAUCCAUGGCGGCCUCCCCCCUGGCAUAGACCUCGUUUCGGCAAGCGACUUCGACGAGUGGCUGCUGGACAUCCGAGUGCUUGACAAGAAUCCGCUGUACCAGGAUCGGGUCUUCCGACUCAAGUUCAAAUUCAGUUCCUCCUACCCCAUCGAACCCCCAGAAGUGGUCUUUGUCCAGCUUCCCGACCGCCCCAUCCCUAUCCACCCUCAUAUAUACUCCAACGGCAUCAUCUGCCUCGAUCUCCUUGGUCAAAAAGGUUGGAGCCCCGUGCAGAAUGUCGAGAGUGUAUGCAUGAGCAUCCAGAGCAUGUUGACGGGCAACUCCAAGAAUGAGCGGCCCCCGGGCGAUGAGGAGUUUGUGCGAGGCAAUCGAUUGAGACCCAGGGAUAUCGACUUCUACUAUCACGAUAAUAGCGUAUAGUCAGGGAGUCUAUGGCAUCAUUUUCCCUCUGUUUGUAGGGGCUUGCAGGAUAUGGGAUCCGGGCGUUAGUUAUAUGGCUGGGGAAUGAGGUUGUUCUGCAUCAACAGGAGCUGCGACAUGGUUCCAAGUGAUUUAAUGAUGGAUGGAGUCGAGGCUUCUUUGUGGUCCAUAUUCUGAUCACUAUUUGAACCUCGACCGCCCUUUAGCUACUCUGGUUAUGUAGCCAGUUUUCAAUGGCCAGGUUUUGGAGCUAACAUAAUAGAAAUCUAUCAGACUUGCAGGUUGGAGGAUAUAUUUCCCCAACAUCCAUCUCGAAGCCAUCGUCGAUACAAAUACAGCUGCUAUGACGGACAGACCGUGAGAAAAUGCCCGGUUUGAGGACCUGCGCGUUGAGCCGCAUUUGGCGUGGUUAAACCUACAGUAUGUACAGGUUCCGUCCCUUAAUUAAACAUGGCCCCCCCUGUGGUAGGGAAGGUGGGGCAGGCUGCCCACGAAUU